UGUGCACAGUCCCUGUCCCUGCCUCCUGUAGGUCUGUGUAGUCAGUUUCCAGCGCUCUGCAAGGCUAGGAAAGGAGGAACUGCCCUGAAUCCCUGCAGGUCUGUGCAUCAGUUCCCAGCACUCUGCAAGGCUAGAAAAGGAGGAACUGUCCUGAGUUCCCGCAGGACAAGAAAACAAGGAGAAAUCUCAACAUGGAAAACCUCUACAAAGAAAACGAAGGAAAGCUGGAAAGUGAGACAAAGCCAGAAGUUGAAGUAGAGCCGGAAGAUGAGGAAGAGUCAGAUGAUGAUGAAAUGCCCCACAUCAAGAGGAAUCCAGUGCAUCGAAAGCGCAAGGUUGUGGAGCUGGCAGAUGAAGAGGGGCAGUCUGAAGAAGAGGGCAAGCAGGGAAUGCAGGGCAAGUCCAAGGAUGAGGGAAACCCACUCAGUGAGGAUGAGCCAGACUUCCAGGGAAAGCCAGGGAGCGAGCCACGGGCUGCUGAGAAGCGCCCUGCUGAAGAUCAUGUGCCCCGCAAAGCGAAACGAAAAUCGGACAGGGGGGUGGAGGAUUCAUCCAGAGACUGUCAGGAGAAUUUACAGGAGAGGCACUUGGGCAGUGAGGAGAUGAGAGAAUGUGGAGAUUUGUCAAGGGCUCAGGAAGACCUAAGGAAAAAGCAGAAAGUGGGUGGCUUUCAUUGGACACAGAGAGAUGUGCAGGACCAGCUCGCGCCAAGGGGCCAAAGAGGUGUCAGGGGAGCGAGGGGUGGAGGUAGGGGCCAAAGGGGAUUACAUGAUAUUCCUUAUCACUAAUGCCUUUGGCCUGGAAUUCUGAUUUCUCAGAGGAGAAUAUUGCAGACCCUGCUUUUCCUGGCAGUCAUUUGCCAGGCCUUGUGCUUUAACCUUAUGCCAAUACUUUGCUUUAGGUGUCACUCUUGUUACCAGCAGCCUUUUGACCCAGCUAGAGUGCUCCAUCAGUAGGGUAUAUUCACCCAGAUGCAUGAAAUAGAUGUUAUUGUACAUUGUUAACAAUAAAGAAAAAUCUGUUUUGAGAACUGCA